AUGGCGUGCUUGGCCUUCGGCGCCAUCCCUGCGGUUGCGAUCCGAGCUGCCAGAGAUUUCUCCACAUCCCAUGAGGAGGACUGUUGGAAUACUGAUCUCAUUGACCCGGUUGGACCCGACAAUUUGGGCACCCUGACUGCCAUCAUGACGAAGAACUUGAGGACUCAGUGCCGAAGUGAGGUGCAAGGGCUCAUAGACGACCUUGUUGAGGAAUGCAUGAAGCUGGAAAGGGCUUCCGAACAAGAAUGCCUCCAGGAGUUCUUCGGGUGGUUUAUAGGGGCUUACCGUUCCGACAGCUUAUCUUCCAAAUUAGCCCUUGCGCCCCAAGAAGCGAUGCUAUGGGCGGGUUUUCACGACGGCGAUCCUCGAGGACUCAACCAGACGGCCUUGGAGGCUUUUGCUGACAUGGUGGACGCGAGCAUCGUGCACCCCAGCACGGUUCUGGGCAAAGUGGUCCGGAACAACAACGAUCUUCUUGGCUGCAGAGGCGAUCCGGGUGCUUCAACACCUUGUUUCAAGGCGUGGAGGAUAGAUCAAGGUCCGGUUGUGAACUUUUGGAGCAGCGCAAGCCGUGCCUUCGUGCAGGGAAUGGCUUCAAAAAAACAGCCCUCGGUGGUGGCUGUCCUGAAUAAAGGUCUAGAUCUAACGGAAAAGUGGUCGCUCUACGAUUCUGUGUUUUGGAAACACGAACUGCCGACACUAGCAGUGGAAGUGGCAAAGAGCGCAAUGAAGUACGAAUUUGACUUUCGUCCACAGCUUCUGCUGGUCGACAUGCGGGGUACCUGCCAGAAGCUGGUGAAUGUGGUGACUUUUCAACUGAAAACGGCUAGAACCAUGGCGUGCUUGGCCUUCGGCGCCAUCCCUGCGGUGGCGAUCCGGGCUGCCAGAGUUUUGAGUUUUAUUUGGAGUCUUGAUACGAUUCUUGGCGAGCAGGACUGCUGGGGCAAUUGGUCUGCGCCGGACACCUUGGACACCCUGAUGGCCAUCAUGACGAAAAGUAUGGAAGACCAGUGCCGAAGUGAGGUAGAAGGACUCCUGGAGGGCCUCUUUGGGGUAGGACUCAACCAGACGGCCUUGGAGGCUUUUGCUGACGUGGUGGACCGGAGUAUCGUCCACCCCAGCACCAUUCUAGGCAGAGUGGUCCAGAAAAACAACGACCUCCUUGGCUGCAGAGACGAUCCAGGGGCUUCCACGCCUUGCUUCAAAGGAUGGCGCAUGUGGGACAAGGGUCCGGUUGUGAACUUCUGGACCGGCGCCAGCCAAGCCUUCGUGCAUGGAAUGGCUUUGCAGAAGCAGUCUUCGGUGGUGGCUGUUCUGAACAAAGGCCUAGAUCGAAUGGAAGAGUGGUCGCUCCACGAUUCCGUCUUUUGGAAUUACGAGCUGCCGACGCUGGGAAAUGAAAUAGCCGCAACCGAGCCCUCAGACUUUCGUCCACAACUUCUCCUGGUCGACAUGCGGAGUACAUGCGAGAAGCUGACUAUGUGGGUGACGGAACGACUGGAAGUUUCAGACAUUGUUUCAGUUGGGAUUUGGUUAAGUAGCAAGCCGAUCAUCUGCAUCGAUUGCGCCGAAGGCCAAUGUCACCUGGAUGAGGCCCUAGCCGCCAGAGUCCGAUCGUGCUUGGGUCUUGACGGCUCUCUGUCAUCGCCUGUGUCACCCAGUUGUCCUAGGCCGGUGGCAGAAGAGGCAACGCCUAGCGGUGCGGCAGGGCUUCGGCGGCGGCGCUCCAACCUGGAGGCUCUUGGAUUCUAG